UGUGGUGGUGUAUAGAGCCAAAAUUAUGAGAAUUGUGUCAAUGUCCAAAUAUUUCCAGACAUAACUGUACACCCUGAUAUCCUGUCUCAGUGUGUGUGCGUGCGUGUGUGUGUGUGUGUGUGUGUGUGUGUGAGAGUUUAUUUACUUGGAUAUUGCUAAAGCAGCAGCUACUAAUCCUGGGGUCCAUUCAAAACACAGAACAAGGCAAAUAGAAAAGCAUUCAUACACCAGAACCGUUCCACUAUGUUUGUGUACCAGUGUGUCCAUUUGCCAGUGAGAGUGUGUGUGUGUGUGUGUGUUGGCUCAUAAAGUACUGUAAUUACAGGGAGGGAGAACAUAUUGGCUGAAUGUGCUGCUUUGAUGAUUUACAGUUGCCAUGGUAACCUCUCCAUAAACACUCGCCAAGGAUACCAGGAUGGUGAGGUUUCCUCUGUCUGAGAAGAGAGGGAAAAGCACUUGAGUUUCAAUUGCAGGCAGCCUGACACUGAGGGACAGGGGGGAGGGGUCUACAGGCUGCAAUACACUCAAUGGUAAUUAUCUUAAAUCCUGUCCAUCCGCAAUUCAAUGCAUGUGCAAUAUUCAACAAUACCUUAUCUGUGCAAAUGAAGCAACAAAAUAAAACAGACAACCAAAGACGGUUACAAACCUAUUGCCAGGUUAAACCAGGUUGGUGUAGCUUUCAGCGAGUAGGCAUGUAAAAGAAAAAAGCUGUCCUGAACAGUAUAACAGAUGUGUCCUUUGUUGUCACUUUUCCUAUUCACUUUAUUCCCAAUGUCACAGUCCUUCAAUUUUAUGGUAAAUCAUACCAUCAGCUCAGGAGAGGAAGCAGAAAGACAAGAAGGCUGAAGGGUCUGGUUCGGAACAGCAUGACACAAAGGGAACACUUUAGGUAAAGGUCUCCCUUGUUCAACAGUGAGGAUGAAUACAUCUCUUUUCAUCUCAAUCUCUUUCUAAUCUGUUAAUCAAUAGGAGGUUAUCUGGCAAUCCUCUUUUCCAACUUCUCCAAAUGAAAAAGCAAUUCCAACUGUACCAAGUGUGGUGCAGUAAUUGUUUCUUAACACAUGACUGAGGUCUUAUUUAUUCCGCAGUCGCUUUCUGCAUUACAGAGUGAAACUAAAUAGGUUAUUUGGCUGUUCAUUUGUUUUAUCCAGACCAUUAAAUAAUUUCUCUAUGGUUUUAACCUUUGUCGUUGCUUAGGUCUGAGCUCAAAACUACUUUCAGCUAUUCUCUGUUAAAUGUCUCCUUGUGUCUCCUAUCUUCGGUCUCAGGGAAACACUUCAAAGCUCUUGAAAUGGCCAAUCCCUAGCAACAGAGUGGGCCUCAUGUUUCAGAGGUGUUGAUUGGUCUACUUUCCAAAUCACCUGGUAUAUUUUUCCAACACACCAUAUCCAAGCAUCUCUCGUGAAUUGUGCGUAGGUGAGGGGCUGAAAUGUUCUAUUCAAUCAAGAAGCAAAUAGAGUAAACUUGAUCCCCCCCCCUAACAUUUUUGUUAAAACCGAUGAGUAAAUCUAGCCUCAACGGCUUGUGCUAUGCGAGUGGGAUCCAUUCUACUCAGGUUUCUCUACUGAAACUAACAGCAGUGUUUCAGUACUCUUCUCUCCCCCACCUGUUGGCUAACCUUUUCAAUGCUGGCAGACUGUGUCCACUGGAGCAGAACCAAGGUUGGACCAGGCACACCGGAGCUGAACAUUCAAUGUACCUCAUUUAGCCACCACUCAGGCUUUCCUAACUAACUUUGUUCGGCUCUAAAUGUUUAGAGCAUUGAUUCAAAAUGCUUUGAACAAGAGAGUUCCUGGACUUCAUCACAGGUGAACUGACUGCCAAUACACAACAGGUGGUAAGAUAAGGUGUUGGGGCUUUUAAUGUGGAAUUGCAUUAAUUGCAGGGACACUACAACUGUUGACAAGCAAUUUCAUGCUACGUUUCUAAGCAGUAUCAUGGUUAGGUUUCUAAGACAUUUAAGGGUUAGGGUUAGGACAAAGGUUAGGGUUAAUAGGUGGUUAGUUAAAAUGUUACUGCUAGUCAGUAGAUCAUCUGUGAGACUUCCUAAAGUGUUACCAAAUGUGACAAAACAAACACGCUUUGGGGCUUGGACUGGGUCGAGUCUCUCAAAGGCCGCCCUAAACACUUUGUAGUGCACUACAAUUGACUAGGGCCCAAACAGAAUUACUGCCACAAUAUAGGGUUUAGGAUGCAGUUUGAGACGUAGCCCGAGGGAACUGCAAAUCAAAGUUGCUGACACCCCAUUAUGCCAUUGAAGCACUUUGCAUUACAGCUACUGUAAAAUGCAUGAGCCGGCCUGGGUGGACCGAUGGCUCAGGUUUCAGGCAGUAGGCCUUGUUAAACAGGAAUAAAAGAAGUGGCAGUUCACACAGAGAUAGUCAGAGAAGGAGAUGGAUGCAGCUGCAUUGUCGGGCUGAUCUGAGAAGAGCCUCGGCUACACUUUCCUUCUUCAUUAUAUUGAUCUCAACUCCCAUCACUUGCUGAAUCAAUAAGCCACGCGAGGAUAGAAAGCAAUUAGUUGGGAACACGGACACCGUUGAGUCAGUUUGGAGACAGUUAAGGAGCAAUGGACCUCCCUCGACUGCAUCCUCGUGGGAGCAUAAAUCAGCCCUACGUCUUCCGCAGGGUUUAGCUUUAUAGUUCGUUCGCUUGCUUUUCGUAAACUAAAAGUUUGUUUUGUAAAUUAUAUAUUCAGAUACCUUCCGGUGAAUAAAGUCGAUAUUUACCCUAUCCUAUACACGAAGCCCUCUAUAACCUGGAAUGUAUUGAUUAAAUUGUUCAAUAGGUUGAGUUCCUCCUUACAGUACGUGAGCUGAGGCAGGCUGUACAAUAAAACUACAAAACCUCCCGCCACUUCUUGAUAUAAAGCUAAAGGAUGGUGCGGGAGCCUACUAAGGAGUUAUCCUGGCAUCUAGUGGUGAAUCCUUGCAACACAAACAUUUUUAUGAUGCGCUGUAAUUGCAAUUGCGAUGGAUCAUUCAGUAGCAGAAGUCUAUUUCACACGUACAAGUACAGUAAACAGUUUCUAUCAUGGUGCCAGCUGUGUAUUUUAUUGAAAGAUUGAAUACAUAAACAAUACUACAGUUUAUAUUUUUCAAUCAGCGUUUCACUGUUUAACUUAGAAGCUUCUAAUACGUCGAUGUGUAGCUAAAGAGCUGACGCGAUGGUUUGGAAUACACGCUCAUUGCAGUGCUACACGUAUUGUGUAAAGUUUCCCCCCUGCAUAGCAUACUGUGUUCUGUAUUAAACGUACAGAUUAUCUCUCCCUCGAGAAGGCGGAGUCUCCAUAGUCAAUAUAGCCUACAUGAUGUGUGCGCAACGCCGCCUGAAACCACUCUGGCAACCAACCACAGUCUCUUCACGGCGCUGCGUGUGAAGGCUGUCCUUUUUUCCGCUCAUAGCAGAAAUGUUUACCAAUUGCGUGGACUCGUCAGAGGACAGUAUUUCAGGAUGAGAUACACUUGAGAUGAGAUGUUAAUGCAACAACUGGUGGAUGUUUAUGCUGUGUUCAGUUAUUGAAUAGCACAUUUGUUGCUGCAGCUGCAUGCGUCGGGAGACAACGUGACAGAGGUGACUGCAUCUUAUCGCAGCUAGACAGAUCGUAAGGGGGACUGAUGACAACAACAAUUUGGGGUAGUAUUUCACUGUGACAUGCGCUCUUCUCCAAACCUACAGGCUGGCUACCUUGACAAAUGAGUGCUUGCAGAUCGCAAUAGCGGAAGAUGCAAUAUCAAUUACUUUUUUCUGAGCAAUACCUCAGCAAGCUAUUGCCUAUAGCCCAUCUGUAUGCUUAACAUAAAAGCAGGUGCCUCCUGUAAUUCACCAGUGCGUAAAAUGGGUAACAGUUUUUCGAACAUAGCUGCUUUUCAGUCCCUGCAUAUUGUCAUGCUGGGUUUGGAUUCUGCCGGUAAAACGACUGUCCUCUACCGGCUGAAAUUUAAUGAAUUUGUAAACACCGUUCCAACAAUCGGAUUUAACACGGAGAGGAUAAAGCUGAGUAAUGGCACUGCAAAAGGAAUCAGUUGUCAUUUUUGGGACGUCGGGGGACAGGAGAAGCUAAGACCGUUAUGGAAAUCCUACAGUCGUUGCACGGACGGUAUAAUUUACGUAGUGGACUCGGUGGACGUUGACAGACUAGAGGAAGCCAAAACAGAAUUGCACAAAGUGACCAAAUUCGCAGAGAACCAAGGGACCCCACUCCUAGUGAUAGCCAAUAAGCAGGACUUGCCGAAGUCUCUGCCUGUCCACGAGAUCGAGAAGCAGCUGGCACUGCACGAGUUAAGCCCCUCGACUACAUACCACGUCCAGCCAGCAUGUGCCAUUAUCGGUGAAGGGCUCCACGAAGGCAUGGAUAAACUCUACGAAAUGAUCGUGAAACGAAGGAAAUCAUUGAAACAGAAGAAAAAGAGAUAAAUGACGCAUCACUGUGAUGAUUCUGUGUAUCAGUCUUCCAAGCUGCCAUGACUACCAUUGUAGAUUACCAUGACUUCUGCUGUAAUAGGCACGUCGGGUGAUUCUGGGUAUAUGCAUACCGUUACUCCGCCUUGCAGUGUUUGUUAAGCUGAGCUUUGGGGUAACCUGUAAAGUCAGUUGCUUUCAUCCCUUGUAUUACACAUAGCUUUGCAGCUACAUUCCAUAACACAAAAUGUAAAAAAGCCUCUUGCUAUCCAAAACUGUUCUUGACAGGCUGGUACCUGUUUGUUGCUGCUUUACAAGUAUUAGUCAAGUCGUUUUCUCCCCCUGAAAAGUGAAUAGCCUACAAAGCACUUUUUGAUUGCCUGGAGUAGCCCACUUUAAUUCCCUAUUGUUGUACAGUAUGUUGAAUAGAAUUCUGUAAUCAUUACCAUAUCAAUGUUUUUUAAGUUGAUUAUUAUUUUUUUUGCACGUUAUUUGGCUCUUACUAACACAUUUUGAGUGAGACAGUCCAUUCAGUUUACUCUACACCUUUUCAUAACUGGAAACUUCUCGGUGCUGUUCUAUGGUAAUAUACAAUAGUCUUCAGAGGGUUAAAUGUGAAUUAUUCACAUAGGCCCUAGUAGUGGCAGUGUGUUUGCACUUCAAUAGCAUAAUACUCUCCCUGGUUAUAAUUCUUGCUACUUCCUUGGUUUCAUUGUAUGGAAUCAUUACUAGACAAAUACUGAAUACCCAGACUGUAUACAUGGUAUGCCAAAAAGUUUUUUUUUUUUUCUGAAAUAAAAUGUUUGUUUCUCAAACUUUGUCGAGCUGUCGUACAUUUGUGUAUUGUCAGCUGAACGUACAAUAUACUGCCAAGUUCAUGGUCAAAUAAUAGAUUUUAUCAUCUAAAUCUAGUGAUCUCCAUUAGGUCACUGCGUGCAGUGUGGGAUCAGUUUUAUUUUGUACAGUGUACCUUUUGGGAUAGCUGUAAAAGCUAACCGACCACUUUACCUUAUAAUGACAUGGUAACCUCUGCUUCUGCCAAAGGGGAAAGUGCAUGAGUUUUAGGACUAAACAUUGUCAAAAGGAGGUAAUACUUUAAUCAUAGCUUU